UCUUCGUUCCCCCUUCUUGAGUCCAUUUCCUCUCGCCAGCGCUACAAUGUCUUCAACCUCGUCUUCGUCGGAUGACGGUGGCGGCGGCGGGGCGGCGAGGAGGGGCGGCGACUACGAAGGCCCUUCGACCUCGAGACGACGUCGCGGCGCCAACGAAGUCUGGCCCGAGCCUUUCCUCGAGGCCCUCGCGGCACAGGUCGCCAUCGAAGAGGCUCGCUCCGGCGGACGUCUAGCCGUCGCUCCUUCGCUCGUCAACCUAUUUCAGGUGUGCACCACGUGGCGAAAUGUAUCGAACUCGGAUCUCCUGUGGGCCCGUCUCACCCAAUGCGUGUGGGGCCAGACCCACCUCACCCAUCCCACGUGGCGUGACGAGUACAUCUACCGCCAUAGGACCGCUGUGAAUUUCCGCUCUCGGCGAUUCAUGCAUGCCACCCUCCACUUCGACCCUUCGGAGGUGAACGAGCAUCCACAUGGGCUUAUUUGCCGCUGCCUCACCCUGUCCGACCUCCACCUUGCUUGCGGCUUUGCCGAUGGGACCGUCCGCCUGUUCGACCUUGCCACGCGCCUCCACAUCGCCACCUACCAACCCCUCCACCAGGGCGGACUAGGUCUACACCCGCGUGCAGUCUCCGGCAUCGUCAUGAGUGAUUCGCGGCUUGUAUUUGCCACGCUGGAUGGAGAUAUCCACGUGGUCAUGAUUGACGGAGGGGCCCCAUUGCGUAGGGCCCACGUCGGUGAUGUGGUCAAUGACGGGGCAUUGGUGGACUUUGCGGGAUGCGGCAGGUGGUGGGCGGGCCUCUACGCGGGAGUACCGGGCAGGGCCUUCCACAUAUGGGACAGUAAUUCUGAGGAGCUGGUGUUCGUGGGGGGGACAUUGACCGACCCAGAAUCGCUCAUGGGCUGGCGAAUGCUGACUGAUUUGACUCAGUUCGUGGGUCGUCUCCGCGUCACGCGGCAAGAAUCGGCCGUGGCGGCCACGAGCACGAGGGUAAUUCUCAUCGAUCUGAGAGACCAGGGGAUGGUAUUGCGCGAUCAGAGUUACAGGAGAAGAGGGCUCAUCGUAACCUCGGUCGAUGUUGAUGAAGAUGCCUACGUCAUCGUCGAUGCGCGUGGGCGUGCUAUUGUGCGCCGUGUGGCCACGUCGGAGGAGAUAUGUAGGUUCAAUGUGAGGGGCGCAUCGCAAGGUAGAGUCAUGGGGUGCAUGAACCAGGGGUAUGCGCUAAUGUGCGUGGCGGGUGUAAUCAGGGUCUGGGAGACGGGACGUGGAGGCUACUUGUACGACCUCGUGGAGGGGAUAGGCGAGGUCAACGCGAUAGUGGCCAACGAGCGCCACGUUGCGGCGUACUCCAACGACGCGACCAUACACCUAUGGGACUUCGGCGCAGUGCAGUUGUGA